AUGCAAAGCACAAACACCAGCGACUCGUUGCGAUCCGCGCCCAUCCGUACCAUGCUUUCUUUCUCCCCCAAACCCGUCUUCACCACGACGUGGGACCACCACCGCCCCAACACAUCCUCGCCGCUCUCGUCGUCGCCCGUCCGGGCAUCCUCUCCCCUUUCACCCGUCGACAGAAACUCCCUGCCCCAGCGCCAGGUCCAGUCGUCGCCCAUCCAGCAGCCAAAGUUCAAGUACGCGUCCAGAGCGGCCGCGCGGCGGAACCCAAUGCUGCGCCAGGGUGAAGACGCCCGGGACUCCAGGCGGCGGGACUUUCUGCAGAAUGUGAGGAGGAAAGCAGAGGACAAGGCGUGGGAAAGGAGGGAUAUUGAGGGAAAGUUUUUGAAGAACAGCUUUUUGGCCGACGUUGGACGGCUCGCGCACGAUGCGCCGACUCUGUCGGAAACGGACCUGGAUGACGCCAUCAGGUUUCCGGAAGAGCAUCAGAUGCUGCCCGAAGAAGAGGACGCGCUGAAUGGGUAUCUGGAGGAGGAGGAGGAGGAGGUGGAAGCUAUGCUAGCCUCGUAUCAGGAGCAGAAGAACUCUGCACCUGAAGCGCCGUGCUCUCCCGCCCUCUCCGACGAGGAGUAUGACCAAGUGUUUGCCGAGUUGAUUGCUCAGGAGGAGGCAGAGUCACAAGCACAAUCACCUGUGGAGGCAAUGGACAUAUCCUGA